AUGGAGGCGGCAGCUCUGUUGGUGGCGAGUAGCUUGCAGCAUUCACUUGUAGUUACCAUUAGUUUGCCCCUCAAUCCCAAACCUUUCCUCAAUGGAUUAACAGGAAAACCAGUGAUGGUGAAACUUAAGUGGGGAAUGGAGUACAAGGGCUACCUGGUAUCUGUAGAUGGCUAUAUGAACAUGCAGCUUGCAAAUACAGAAGAAUACAUAGAUGGGGCAUUGUCUGGACAUCUGGGUGAAGUUUUAAUAAGGUGUAAUAAUGUCCUUUAUAUCAGAGGUGUUGAAGAAGAGGAAGAAGAUGGGGAAAUGAGAGAAUAGCAUCUUUUCUGUUUUUUUAUAUAUAUAUUUCUAGACAAUAAAGUUUGUUUGUUUUUC